AUGAAGAUACAUCCUAUAUUCCACAUUUCACUAUUGGAAAAAGCGGAUCCGGAGGCCCCACUCGACAAAGAAACCAACCUUGAGGACCCGACUGAUCUAGAGUAUGAAGUAGAGAAAAUCCUAGAUCACAGAACCCGAGGACGUCAGCACUUCUACCUUAUUAAGUGGAAAGGUUACCCUUCAGAAGAAAAUACUUGGGAACCUUAUAAGAACCUGAACUGUCCGCUUGAACUAUGGUGUUUUUAUAAGGAACAUCCGGACCACGUUCCACCACCGGGAUGGAAGUCGAAUCUGAACUAG